UCAGUUCAUUUAGGAUUGAAGAUUCAAGCUAACGGGAUGGAAGUGAAUAGAAAGUUUGUAAGUGUUAUCCUGUUUUGUGCAUGGGCGCACGCUACUGUCGUCAACCAUACCUGCACUCCAAUAGGCUAUUCCAAAUUCUGCAUUAUGUACGACGUCAACUACAGCCGGGAUAAUAUCACGACGCAUAUUUUUCCCAAAGGAUACCCCCAUGUCCGUAUCGUCAACGAUGGUUGGCCAUAUGAAACGAAAUCGGAUGUGAACGUGUUGGAUAGCGAAUUGUACGAUAAUUUGGACCGACCCGAAGCGAUUGAACUAGUCAAAGUUGGUCUACAUGUAUUGGAAAUUCCUCGCAUUCUGAAGAUGGGCAAUUUUGCUCACAACCUAUUAAGAGAGUUUUCAAUUGGAAUAGGCGAAGCAGAACCGAUGCUUGCUUUUUUGGACGUUACUAGUAACUACAUAAGCGAUCUACGCAACAUAAGUAGUCUGGUGAACUUGGAAAUUCUUUACUUGUCCUAUAAUCGCAUCCAAACGAUCAAUCAGCAUGACUUUAAAGGUCUUGAAAAACUUAAAAUUCUCAUACUUAACAGAAACAGUAUAGCACAACUGUCGCUGGUGGUAUUUCCUAGCGGUUUAACUUCUCUAUCAAUCUUAGGCAGUGACAUCACCGAACUUGAUUACGAGCAAAUGAUGCUUCCUGAAUUGGAAACUUUCAACAUAGAACACAAUCGCAUAAGCACAAUUAAUAUUACUGCACUGCUGCUAGGAAUGCCAAAGUUGAAAACUUUUCAGAUGGAUGACAAUCGUCUGAGCUACAGUAACUUGCAGGAAGCGCUCGAUAUUUUAAAGAGAAAGAAUAUCAGUUUAAAAAAACCGCACGAAGAAUACCGUUGCCAUGAGGAGGAAUAUUCGGAAGGAGCUUGUCAGGAACCCCCGACCCGCACCAACAAAGGUUGGCUGGCAGCGACUGGUCUGAGCAUCCUGGUGAUACUGGUUGGCUCUAUGUUCGUCUCUAUCGUUUGGCGUGUGUAUGUUGAGAUAAACAAAUGAGAACUGAGCGCUAUCAGCUUGCCCACCAGUUGCAGUUUUAUUCUUUUCAAGUUGUGCAGAAUUCGGCUCAUACUGCUGACAAAAAUGAUUUUAGCUUUGUUUCCAUCACCCGUUGGAUAAUAAAAAGUGCCUGGUUCGAAUACUGGAACAUUUUCUUAAAUAUUGUAGUUGGUAAGACUGUUUUUAUUGCUCAGGAACUCGUUUAAGAAGAAAAAUGCAUUUAUAUUUCAUGAAAAUAAAUAAGCUAUACUUCUUCUCAAGAAU